GGGGAGGGGAGGGGGCGUCCUCCGCAGUUCGCUCCUCGCCGGGGCUCAGACACACAGCCAGCCCAGAGCCGCCACGCCGGCCCGGCCGCCGCCGCCACCGCCUCAACCUCCCCCGAAGCCGCUCUAGCCGCGGGAAGCGCCGCUGCCACCGCCGCGGGCCGCCCCCGCCGCGCCGGCCUGGGCUCAAGCUGCCAGCACCGCCGCAGCCGCCACCGGAGCCGGAGCGGGAGCCCGACCGCGCUGGGCUGGGCUGGGCUGGGCUGGGGCGGGCGCAGGGCGCAGGGGCGGGCGCGCGGGGGAAGACGCACAGGCGGGCUCGGCUCUCCCGGGGAGCGGCCCGGGACUGCACCGGGACCAGCGCCUCCCCGCUUCGCGCUGCCCUCGGCCUCGCCCCGGGCCCGGGCGGAUGAGCCGCGCGCCCGGGGGACAUGGAAGCGCUGACGCUGUGGCUUCUCCCCUGGAUAUGCCAGUGCGUGUCGGUGCGGGCCGACUCCAUCAUCCACAUCGGUGCCAUCUUUGAGGAGAACGCGGCCAAGGACGACAGGGUGUUCCAGUUGGCGGUAUCCGACCUGAGCCUCAACGAUGACAUCCUGCAGAGCGAGAAGAUCACCUACUCCAUCAAGGUCAUCGAGGCCAACAACCCGUUCCAGGCUGUGCAGGAAGCCUGUGACCUCAUGACCCAGGGGAUUUUGGCCUUGGUCACGUCCACUGGCUGUGCAUCUGCCAACGCCCUGCAGUCCCUCACGGAUGCUAUGCACAUCCCACACCUCUUUGUCCAGCGCAACCCGGGAGGGUCGCCACGCACUGCCUGCCACCUGAACCCCAGCCCCGAUGGUGAGGCCUACACACUGGCUUCGAGACCACCCGUCCGCCUCAACGAUGUCAUGCUCAGGCUGGUGACGGAGCUGCGCUGGCAGAAGUUCGUCAUGUUCUACGACAGCGAGUAUGAUAUCCGUGGGCUUCAAAGCUUUCUGGACCAGGCCUCACGGCUGGGCCUUGACGUCUCUUUACAAAAGGUGGACAAGAACAUUAGCCACGUAUUCACCAGCCUCUUCACCACGAUGAAGACAGAGGAGCUGAAUCGCUACCGGGACACGCUUCGCCGCGCCAUCCUGCUGCUCAGCCCACAGGGAGCCCACUCCUUCAUCAACGAGGCCGUGGAGACCAACCUGGCUUCCAAGGACAGCCACUGGGUCUUUGUGAAUGAGGAAAUCAGUGACCCGGAGAUCCUGGAUCUGGUCCAUAGUGCCCUUGGAAGGAUGACUGUGGUCCGGCAAAUCUUUCCGUCUGCAAAAGACAAUCAGAAAUGCAUGAGGAACAACCACCGCAUCUCCUCCCUGCUCUGCGACCCCCAGGAAGGCUACCUCCAGAUGCUGCAGAUCUCCAACCUCUAUCUGUAUGACAGUGUUCUGAUGCUGGCCAACGCCUUUCACAGGAAGCUGGAGGACCGGAAGUGGCAUAGCAUGGCGAGCCUCAACUGCAUACGGAAGUCCACUAAGCCAUGGAAUGGUGGGAGGUCCAUGCUGGAUACCAUCAAAAAGGGCCACAUCACUGGCCUCACUGGGGUGAUGGAGUUUCGGGAGGACAGUUCGAAUCCCUAUGUCCAGUUUGAAAUCCUUGGCACUACCUAUAGUGAGACUUUUGGCAAAGACAUGCGCAAGUUGGCGACAUGGGACUCAGAGAAGGGCUUGAAUGGCAGCUUGCAAGAGAGGCCCAUGGGCAGCCGCCUCCAAGGAUUGACUCUCAAAGUGGUGACUGUCUUGGAAGAGCCUUUUGUGAUGGUGGCUGAGAACAUCCUAGGACAGCCCAAGCGCUACAAAGGAUUCUCCAUAGAUGUCCUGGAUGCACUGGCCAAGGCUCUGGGCUUCAAAUAUGAGAUUUACCAGGCCCCUGAUGGCAGGUACGGUCACCAGCUCCAUAACACCUCCUGGAACGGGAUGAUCGGGGAGCUCAUCAGCAAGAGAGCAGACUUGGCCAUCUCUGCCAUCACCAUCACCCCAGAGAGGGAGAGCGUUGUGGACUUCAGCAAGCGGUACAUGGACUAUUCAGUGGGGAUUCUAAUUAAGAAGCCCGAGGAGAAAAUCAGCAUCUUCUCCCUCUUUGCUCCAUUUGAUUUCGCUGUGUGGGCCUGCAUUGCAGCAGCCAUCCCUGUGGUUGGUGUGCUGAUAUUUGUGUUGAACAGGAUACAGGCUGUGAGGGCUCAGAGUGCUGCCCAGCCCAGGCCGUCAGCUUCUGCCACUUUGCACAGCGCCAUCUGGAUUGUCUAUGGAGCCUUCGUACAGCAAGGUGGCGAAUCUUCCGUGAACUCUGUGGCCAUGCGCAUCGUGAUGGGCAGCUGGUGGCUCUUCACGCUCAUUGUGUGCUCCUCCUACACAGCCAACCUUGCUGCCUUCCUCACAGUGUCCAGGAUGGACAACCCCAUAAGGACUUUCCAGGACCUGUCCAAACAAGUGGAAAUGUCUUAUGGCACCGUCCGGGAUUCUGCUGUAUAUGAGUACUUCCGAGCCAAGGGCACCAACCCCCUGGAGCAGGACAGCACAUUUGCUGAACUCUGGCGGACCAUCAGCAAGAACGGAGGGGCUGACAACUGCGUGUCCAGUCCUUCAGAAGGCAUCAGGAAGGCAAAGAAGGGGAACUACGCCUUCCUGUGGGAUGUGGCCAUGGUGGAAUACGCAGCCCUGACGGACGACGACUGCUCGGUGACUGUCAUCGGCAACAGCAUCAGCAGCAAGGGUUACGGGAUCGCCCUGCAGCAUGGCAGCCCCUACAGGGACCUCUUCUCCCAGAGGAUCCUGGAGCUGCAGGACACAGGGGACCUGGAUGUGCUGAAGCAGAAGUGGUGGCCGCACAUGGGCCGCUGUGACCUCACCAGCCAUGCCAGUGCCCAGGCCGACGGCAAAUCCCUCAAGCUGCACAGCUUCGCCGGGGUCUUCUGCAUCCUGGCCAUUGGCCUGCUCCUGGCCUGCCUGGUGGCUGCCCUGGAGUUGUGGUGGAACAGCAACCGGUGCCACCAGGAGACCCCCAAGGAGGACAAAGAAGUGAACUUGGAGCAGGUCCACCGGCGCAUGAACAGCCUCAUGGAUGAAGACAUUGCUCACAAGCAGAUUUCCCCAGCUUCGAUUGAGCUCUCGGCCCUGGAGAUGGGGGGCCUGGCUCCCACCCAGACCUUGGAGCCGACACGGGACUACCAGAACACCCAGCUCUCGGUCAGCACCUUUCUGCCAGAGCAGAGCAGCCAUGGCACCAGCCGGACACUCUCAUCAGGGCCCAGCAGCAGCCUGCCGCUGCCGCUGAGCAGCUCGGCCACCAUGCCCUCCAUGCAGUGCAAACACAGGUCACCCAACGGGGGGCUGUUCCGGCAGAGCCCGGUGAAGACCCCUAUCCCCAUGUCCUUCCAGCCUGUGCCUGGAGGCGUCCUUCCAGAGGCUCUGGACACCUCCCACGGGACCUCCAUCUGACCGCGCCGCCUGCCCUCCUGCCCACCCUCCCACCCACCCGACCAGCAGAGCUUUUUAAUACAAGAAAACAACACAAACCACACACACUCGCACACGCACACAUACACAGAGACUCUUUCAUUUUUCUUGUACAUAUGUGUAAAUAAUGACAGAAUGGAGUGGGGUAAAAGUGUAUUUUGAAUAUUCCCAAUUUUCGAAGUCAGUAAAAAAACACAAAAACUGUAUGAAUGACUUUGUAAAUUUUGUUCUAUAUGAAUAAAAAGGCAAAUUACUUGUGAUCA